AUGCGGAAGCUGCAGCGUGUUGGGAUUACAAUUCCAUUAGGCCGUUGUUUUGCGGUUGGCGCAGCAGGCACUAUGUUGCCACGCGGAAUGCAGGCAUUCCCAGUGCGGGAUAGCGGUGAAACCAUUGAGGCCAUCGCUGAGGCGUAUGUGAACAUGGAUUUAACAACAAUGCAGAAAUUUCACGAGCUCGUUGUGAAGAGUACACCACGACCGCCUGGCACCUCUGCUCCAGUGUAUGAGGAAAUGUUAUUGCAAGGCAUGGGAGGAGGUGGAUCCACCACCACUGUUGCUGCUGCUGCUGCUAUUCCGGCAGCUUCGAGUUCCUCUGAUGCGGCAGCGGCAGCGGGAAGUGAGGCCCCUACGAAGAAAGUGGUAGAGAAAAGUGCCUUUGAUGUUCAUGUGAAGAAGUAUCCAGCAGCUAAUAAGAUAAAACUUAUUAAGGAGUUACGUGCUGUAUCUGGGGUACCAUUGCAGGAGGCGAAGACGGCAGUGGAGAAGUGUCCUGGUGUUGUCGCUAAGGCAAUGGCACGUGCAGAUGCGGAGAAACUCAAAGGACUUCUUGAGGGACACGGUGCAGAAGUGGAGUUGCUGUAG